AUGCAUAUUUCUUUCCUUUUCGGUCUCGGAGUAGUCCUCCAGACCUAUGCACGACCUUUGGACAAGGAUUCUUUUACUGAACGCUCCUAUCCGUCUCUACCACGGUGUGCAAAUGACAAUGUCUGGCGGCUGUUCGAAGGCACAGAGCUACGAGCAGAAGCUAGCGCGUUCUGCAGCACGUAUAUCGAGAAGACUGAGACUCACAUUGUCACCGUGCAUCCUACUACCACGAAAACCGAGCCUGCAGUGACUAUCACAGCAGCAACACACCAUGUCACUGUCACCGAUACCUCAGUUGUACACCAUACCGUAACAUCUUGGUCUUCAAGCACGAAGAAUAUCCCUGUCACCGUGACAAGGGUAGUUGAUGCUGUUGUCUUAGCUACAGAUGUAGUCACUACCACUGAUACCACCCUCAUUUCCACUGCCACGGACGAUAUUACAACCACUAUCACGGACGCCACUGUCUAUAACACGAUUUUCAUUACUGAUGAUAUUACUACCACGGACGCCACUAUCUACGCCACUCAAACAGCAAUUGAGGACAUCACUCUGACUGAUGCCACUAUGACCAGCACGGCCAUUAUCCUCGCAACCGUUACUGCCGCAGCCGAGUUAGAGUCCAGAGAAAUCCAUCUCAAGGAAGUGGAGAUCCAGGAGAAAGACUCAAGGGGCAAAUGCACUUCCCCUGCUUGUCUCCACGCAAGUUGGGUGGAUAAUAUCCACACAAUCGAAGCUCACCUCGUGAGCAGUGCAUGCUCUUGUCUCGUAGAGCCUUCGACCAUCAUCGAGACAGUCACGAAGACAGGGAAUAAGGUGACGCGGACCAUAGUUCCUACUGCCCAUGUCACAGCCACAGACCAUAUCACAAAAGUCGUCACUCAUAUCAGCACCGAUGUCGUGGUUAAAACGACCGUGAUCGACAAGCCAUCCGAUAUCUUUGUGACUGUUACCGAUACCGUCACGUCAACAACUACCGACAUUGUUGAUGCCACUGCCCACUCAACCGAGACAGUCAUUGCUGAGACAACGAUAGAUGAGACUGCCACCGCCACAAGAACAGUCGUGACGAGUUUGACCAUCGAUGAAACCGCCUCGAGCACAGCUACGAUCACCGAUACAGUCACAAUUGAUGAGACCGCAUCAGCCACUGUUACGGUGACACAAACUACUACCGAGACCGCUGCUGCGUCCGUUCAAACGGGCAAUUGCGACACCCUUUCAAACCCUUACACCAACUCCGCCGGUCAAGAAUUCACCCUUGAUUGUGGACAUUACUACCCCGUCCAAUCAGGUGGCUCAGUGGCAGACUUCACUGUCAGCUACUUUUCGGAAUGUCUGGAUAAAUGCACUGAGUACUCCACGUGCGUUGGCGUAGACUUCGAUUCUUCGUCUGGCUACUGCGAAUUGUUCAAUUCUGCGCAUGACAGCGCGGCGACAUCAUAUGACUCGGCACUUAUAGUCACUGUCAGCGUUGUUUAG